UAACGGAGGUGCUUUUCGUGUCACCUGCUCAAAUUUGUGGCAGCAAUUGAAUAAGCAAAAAAAAAAAGUUCAGUUUUCUGUUUUUCUUUCAUUGACGAAUAACGAAUGAAAUUAGUACUCGUCAGAGUUUGUAGGUAACAUAUGCUAAUGUGAAGAAAUUGCUACAGACGACAUAUCUUAGAAUUUGAUGGCUUCAUUAACUGAUCUUAUAUCUGCGGGAAUUAUUGAGAAGGAUACUAAUAAUGAUAUUUUAUGGACAUGGACUUAUCCUUCUAUGCCAGCUAUAUAUAAGACCCUUAUUAUGAGUAAAUGUGGAUUAGAUAAUGAUUAUGGGCAUCAUUUAGUAUCGUUUUAUUAUUUUCAUCAUCAUCAGUCAUGGUUUUAUUUACAUCACACAGAUGUCUUUGAACUACCAAAUUUACCAAAGGUAAAACAGUUUGUGAUUGUUCUUCAAACACGAGAUUUUAAUCCUGAAAAAUAUGAGAACUUAUCUCGAAUUCUCAGUAAAACAUUUAGUGAAACUGGAAAUCCUGCUGAUAUGUUGCGAUUAUACCUCUCUGUUUUAGUCAAAGGAAUGUGUUCUACAGAGGAUAAUGGCACUUUUAUAGUUAGACAGUUUGAUAAAGUGGCAGCAUAUUCCUGCGUUCCUGCAAAAGAUGUUGUAAAAACCUUUGGCCUUGAGACAAUACUCAUAUAUACAGCUCUGCUAUUAAAAAAGCGCAUUGUUGUUUAUCAUCAUGGCUUGGAUACAUUGCUUUGGUUUGUAAGGGCACUUCCAGCAUUUGUGUGGCACAGACAAGACUGGAGCAUAAUAUAUCCUUACAUGCAGUUGACUAAUAAUGAAAUUUCUGAAUUGCUUUCACUACCUACAUAUGUAGCAGGAUUUAGAGAUGCAGGAGUAGAGGGAAGAAUGGAGCUGUAUGAUUUGUUUGUUAAUUUACCAGCCAUUGAGAUAACAAUUGCCCCUCAUGCUAAAGAAAUAUUUGCGAUGACCAAAACUCACAAAGAAAUAGCUGUUUUUAUGUCAAGGCAAGCAGACAACACUGAAUUGAAUGACAAGAUGUUUAUUAAGGAAAUUUCAAACAAAACUAAUGAACUUCUGAGAAGUUUAAGAACAUUCAGUGUUAACAGUGAAUUUGGGCAGAAUAUUAUAAAAUUGUCUACACUGAAAGAGAAAAAAUUUGCUCCAGCUCUUGAAAACUUCCUGUGGAAUUUAGCAGUAGCAGAAGGCUAUGCAAAUGUUUAAUGUAAUUUAUAAAAUGAAAUUUAACUUAUUUGCAAUAUAUAUACUCUCAUUUUGUAAGUGCCUUAUUUAGGUUUUCAUCUUUUUUUUUAAUACUGUAAACAGUGAAACUGUAUUUAAUGUAGUUAGUAAUAAAAGUCUAUGGUCUUAGGUUGAA